AUGGUGGAGAAGAAGACUGCCGGAGGGACCGACGUCGCGGGCAGGGAGAAGAGAUGCGACCAAGAAGAGUCCUCCUACUACUCGCAAGACGGGUCUGUGGAUUUCAAGGGCCGCCCGGCGGUAAAGGCGAAGACGGGAGGCUGGACUGCCGGGUUUCUCAUUCUCGGUGAGCUGAAGCUCCAUGAAUCUUCCAUUGACCUCUGGUCUUCCCACGCCACAGGCUGAGCUAGGCUCACUGGUUAGGGUCGACCCUUCCUCUUGAGCCAAGCCCAGAACAGUUCCCACCGCACACUUCUCUGACGCCCUCUGACAUCAUCCCUUAGACUGAAAGCCCGCCAAUAGAUGCUCCCGAAGAAGGUGCCUUUAUUUAACUGGUCGAUUGAACGCCACCUUCGGCACCACGAAUUUCACGAGUCAUGAUCAACCCAUCUAUUGGUCCAUCGUCUUUGACCACCACCACGAAUUUCACGAGUCAUGAUCAACCCAUCUAUUGGUCCAUCGUCUUUUACCACCAUCACGAAUUUCACGAGUCAUGAUCAACCCAUCUAUUGGUCCAUCGUCUUUUACCACCACCACGAAUUUCACGAGUCAUGAUCAACGCAUCUAUUGAUCCAUCGUCUUUGACGUCUAAUCGAUUAGUAGAAACCCCCCCGCCGUGAAACUCGAUGUCUGAUGACAUAUUUCGGCGCGUCUUAUACAUGCGCAAUCUUAUCAAGUAUUAUCAAUUAUAAGUGAGGCCCCCAUCGUCUUCUCUAUCUCUGUCCAUGAAUUCCACGUAGCGUCUACGGUUAAAAAGAGAUUUUAAGCGGAACUACGAGCAAGUCCACGUCUCAUGUCUUAAAGAAUAAAAAUUAAACCUUCUUCUAGAGACCUCAAGAAUAGGAAAUCCAUCGAUUCCCUUCAUGGUAUUGAAAACCACCUAGAUAAAUGAUGGUUUGUCGGGUGGGUUCAGGUGGGCAGGGAACAUUACUACGAUGGUUCGAUUAGAUCUUGCACUAUUAAUAAGCAUCCUCCAUCAAGAGCCUAGCCUUAAGCAGUUUACUCACACAUAGCAGCCAAAUUUAUACGCUAUUAAGUUUAAUCAUUUUCUGAUUUUUUUUCUCAUAAAGUGGUCUUGAAUCGGAUUAUCCAUUGGCUUCUCAAGGAUUAAUUUUCGUCGUUUCUAUUUUUCGCACGGUGUUUCCCGUUAUAUCUCUCAUAGAUAGCCUAAUUCCACUCUGCCAUGAAACUUUAAUCUAGAGAUUUGUAGCUCUGGUUUGCCAAUAAUAGUAGUUGAUUUAUUCGUACUAAAGUAAGCCUGUGACUUAAAAAAAAGGCACAAUUAUUUACGUAGGGCUUUGAUAUGGCCUGGUUGUGUUCUUUAUGUUUCUUUAUCUGUGAUUUGGGUGAGAUUGCGCAUUUUUGUCCGUCUGAUUUGAGAGUUUGGUGGAUCUGAACAGUGAAUCAAGGGCUGGCCACCCUGGCCUUCUUCGGCGUGGGGGUGAACCUGGUGCUCUUCCUAACGAGGGUGAUCCAGCAGAGCAACGCCGACGCGGCGAACAGCGUGAGCAAGUGGACGGGCACCGUCUACCUCUUCUCCCUCGUUGGGGCCUUUCUCAGUGACUCCUACUGGGGGAGGUACAAGACCUGCGCCAUCUUCCAAGCUAUCUUUGUCGCCGUAAGUGUUCUAACAAAAGGCCCAAAUGGAGUAGUUAACCAGGCGUUGGUCUCCAUCUGCCCUAAUGGUAUCUAACUCUCGUCUGCUGCUUUGUGGUCACAGGGCUUGGUGAUGCUGUCCCUGUCCUCGUACUUGUUCCUAGUGAAGCCCACCGGCUGCGGCAACGGGCGAGAGCUCUGCGAGCCGCACACCGCGGCGGAGACCGGCUUGUUCUACCUCUCCAUCUACAUGGUGGCGCUCGGCAACGGUGGCUACCAGCCCAAUAUCGCCACCUUCGGGGCCGACCAGUUCGACGAGGAGGAUUCGCGAGAGGCUCACUCAAAAGUGUCUUUCUUCAGCUAUUUCUACCUAGCGCUGAACCUCGGUUCCCUGGUCUCCAACACCUUCCUGAGUUACUUCCAAGACCAGGGCUCGUGGGCGUUGGGCUUCUGGGCCUCCGCAGGGUCCGCCUUCCUGGGCCUCGCCCUCUUCCUCGCCGGAACCUCCCGCUACCGCCACUUCAAGCCCUGCGGCAACCCCCUCUCACGGGUCGCGCAGGUGGUGGCGGCUGCAUCGAAGAAAUGGACGGUGAGGCUUCCCCCAAGCGGAAAUCACCUGUUCGAGGGCGACGGCAAGGAGCUGGUCACCAGUGGAGGAAGGAGGAUUCUCCACACCGACGGGUUUAGGUGGGCUUCUAGCUCUUCUCCCCAUCUCACAGUAUCUCCCUUCCGGGUUUUCGUUUAAAGAAAUAUGUAUCAGCCGGUGGACUCACUGAGGGGAAAAUGGCAGGUUCCUAGAUCGGGCGGCGGUGGUUGUUGCGGACGACUUCCCCAGCCUGGGCCCCGCGAGGGAUCCAUGGCGGCUCUGCACAGUGACGCAGGUGGAGGAAGUGAAGUGCGUGCUGAGACUCCUCCCCAUCUGGCUCUGCACCAUCAUCUACUCCGUGGUGUUCACACAGAUGGCCUCCCUCUUCGUCGAGCAAGGCGCCGCCAUGAAAACCCUCGUGGGCAGCUUCCGGAUCCCCCCGGCGAGCAUGUCCGCCUUCGACAUCGUAAGCGUCGCCGUCUUCAUCUUCUUCUACCGCCGCCUCCUCCACCCGCUGGUGUGCAGGCUCAAGAACAACCCCAAGGGCCUCACAGAGCUCCAGAGAAUGGGCGUUGGCCUCAUCAUCGCCAUCACCGCCAUGGUCUCCGCCGGCAUCGUCGAGCAUUUCCGGCUGAAAUACGGCUCCGCCGAGUGCCUCCACCACUGCGAAAACAGCAGCUCUCUCAGCAUCAUGUGGCAGAUCCCCCAGUACGUCCUCAUCGGCGCCUCCGAGGUCUUCAUGUACGUCGGGCAGCUCGAGUUCUUCAACAGUCAAGCCCCCGACGGCCUCAAGAGCUUCGGCAGCGCCCUCUGCAUGACCUCCAUCUCCUUGGGAAACUACGUCAGCAGCAUCCUCGUCACCAUCGUGAUGGACAUCACCGCAAGGGGAGACAAGCCCGGCUGGAUACCCGGAAACCUCAACAGAGGCCACAUGGACCGGUUCUACUUCCUCCUCGCCGCCAUGACCAGCGUUGACUUCGUUAUUUACCUGGCCUGCGCCAGGUGGUACAAGUCAAUCCGCCUAGAGAGCCGGGGUGGGGACGACUUCGACCGAGAGGCUGAUUCCGACAAGGCUUUGGCAGUCUAA